AUGGGGCUUUUAUCCGAAGGAGACAUUGUAGAAUACCUAUACGAAGAUUGUACUCAUAAAGCGACAUUACGAGAAGGUUGUCUUUACACAAAAGAUGGCAAAUAUCAUACGUUUCCAGAAUUUAUACGAGCUGUAAGGAAAUUAAAACUAAAAGAAAAAGUUCGCCCCAACGAUUUUCACAACCUAAAGAUUAAUGGUAUGACUUAUUGGGAAGCUCGCGAAAAACUCUAUAAAUUGUAUUUUGAUCAAGGUGAAGAAGAGGAUGAAGAAAUUGUUGAUAGUAUAGCCUCUGAAGGAAAACUCGAGGACCUUCCAAAUACAAUCGAAACAGUUCCCUGGAAUAAAGAUCUCGAGAAUCGCCUCUGCCAGCUAUACGUGAGGGAUGAUGUCGUGGACAUAUUUUGGGGCCGAAGCAUUCUCACUGGUGAAACAACAUGGAGUGUUUACGUGGUUACUCGCGAUCUUAGCUUAUGUGAAUAUAAAGAGGUCACAGUAGGUCAAGUAAUUCACUUUAUACCAGAAGAAAAAGGGGUUUUCAACGCUGAGAUUCCACCACAAAGUGCCCACGUUCCUCUUCCAACCUGGAAAAAGGUCCCACGAGAUUUACAGAAGGCUUUUGAUGAAGCCUUAAACAAUGAACUGGGUCCACCAUUCCGCGAAGCACAUUAUAAUCUGGUCGGUAUGAGCACUGGAUAUAAGCGAACUAAAGGUAAAUUUACUGAAAAACCUGCUAUCAUACUGUAUGUUCGCCAGAAAGGCAUUCUACGCCGUGGUUGUUCCUUAUUCCCGGAUAAGAUUUGUGGAUAUCCGGUAGAUGUUGUCGAAGCUUGUGUUGCUACUCCCUAUGGUUAUAGUGCGAGUGUUUGUCAAACUUAUCAGAAGAAUGUUAAGUUGGGAUCGAGUAUAGGUGUAAUAGAACCGCAGAGAACUUGUGGAACUCUUGGUGCUGUUGUGCACGACAAAAAGGAUUCAAAACAAAUAGGUAUCCUCUCAUGUGAACAUAUAUGCAGGUUUAGUGAAUUGAGCGGUGGAACGGGUGUCACAAUCUAUCAGCCUUCGCAUAAAGAUCUAGAUGAACUGAAACAGUCAUUGGAUGAAAUGGCAAAUGAGAAUGAAGCAUACAAAAAAAUAUAUGAAAAUAUGCAUAGUCAAAUUGAUAAGGACAUACAGGAUUCGGCCCUAGCUUGCUAUGAGCGUGGCAUGCGAAGCAACUUCUUCUCUAAAGCACAUCAAAAGAACUUUGGUAUUGACGUUGCAUUUCGUAUCUCAAACAAAAAUCGUACGUUAUGUCCGAAUAAAUUUUCAGUUCCCCCAAAGUGCUUCAAAAGUGUAAAACUUCCUGAAAACACCUGUCUGAAUGGUUUUUAUACAUAUGAAGAGCUUGAUGACAUUGAUGAGAUGGAAGUCUUUAAAGUAGGAAAGUCUACAGGUCUUUCUCGUGGAAAAUUGGUUCCUAUUAGUACCGCUAUUUCCAUUGGUCUAACAAACGAAAGCAUCAAAUUUGCAAAUGAGCAAGGCGAAAUCUCACCACAUAAUAAUAUCAAAGAUAAAGAAUGCUUCAUUGGAUACAUGAAGGCACCGUUGUUCCAAAAUUAUCAGAAAUGUUACCCUACUGUGUGGUUUGAUCGACAAUUAGUUUUUUUUUUCAGACCUGGAGACUUUGAAACCGGAGACUCAGGAGCAAGUGUUAUAGAUCAAAAAGGAGAAGCCCUUGGUAUUCUUCAUGCAUCGUGGAUGGCAGGAAAUUCUAGAUACGCAAUUGCUUCCCCUUACUUUGCAGUUUUUGAGGCAUUGGAUGUAGAGUUUGAGGAAACAUCAAAUGAUGAUAUUAGGGAAAUCAAGCAAUCUUCAGUUAAUAUCACAUCUACCGAAACGGAAAAUUCUAACGAUACACGCGAACAGAUAGUCUUACAAACUGAGGAUGUGUCGGCAUCUGAUAUAUCCGAUAACACUUCAAAUUCUAACCACUUUGUGACUGCCUCCGGUAAUUCCGAUACACAACAGGAAUUAGAGACCUCCACAUCUUCUAUCCCUGUAGAAACCAUAUCAUUGGAAGAGAAAGAAGAAAAUGAAUUUCUGGAUUCAAUGUAUAAGGAACAGGUUAUGGAAUCUGAAAAGACAAUGACAUCUACAUCAUAUGAAUCAAAAACCAUGACAAAAUGUCAUGAUCAAAAUAAUGUCCUUGACAAUUCUGGUACCACUUCUGAAAUACUUGAAUCUCAUAAUCAAAUUGUAGAAGGUUUAAUACAAGAGAUAACUUAUAAUCACAAACAAAGUAUUGUCCCUGAAAUCAAUCCUUUAUCUUCAAUUAAUGGAAACAAUGGUGAGAUAAAUGUUAGUGGUAUACAGGAUAUAGUUCUGGACUCUGUACAAAGUUUAUCAGACUUAUUUGAUAAAGCAAUUAAAUCAGAUCAGAAACAAAUUUUAUAUUGGUAUUAUUAUUCUCUAGAAUUUGAAAAUAAGGUUAAAAGUUUUAUAGCAGAUGGCAAGAUUAAAGAUAAAACAACAAGAUCAAAAAUAUUUAAGAAGUUGAAACCUUUUCUGCCUAAGAUUACCAAUGUCCAGGUGAUUUGUCGAAGCAAUGAAAAUGUUAAUUAUUAUGGAAUUACUGAUGAAUCUUUAUACCCAAUAUACAAGUUAAGCCAUGAGGAUGAAGAAGGUAUAGAAGCUAAAUAUAAAGAUGGAUCUUAUUAUAUUAAAUGUGAAGUAUCUGAAAUUAACACUGUUAUAUUGAACUAA